AUGGCGUUUGAAGAAUUUUCUAAAGUAAAUUCACCAUUGAUUGUGAAAUGUUUGGGAGUCGAUAUCAAUUAUAGUUCACUGAAUACUGUAAUCAGUUGUCCGCCUAGUUUCUCACGACAUUGUAGGCUACGUAGUUGGGUUCAAACAUCAGCAAUGACUUGGACAUAUUUAUUUUCUCGGAUUUGUAAGCUACUGGUAAAAGUGAAAUAUGUCAAGUUUCUGCAUGUCGCUCAUUUUGAAAUCGUUUGUUCUCAGCUCCGCACGUCAGUCAAACGAGCGUAGAUUUGUAGAGCAUAACGGUCCUGGGGGAUGCAAUUGAAACAUACUCUACGCAGCUUCCCGCUUCAAUGAUAUUAAUCUCGAAGUCUUUCACGAAACAUCAUUGUAUAAGAAUUCUUCAAUCUGUUAAACAACUUGUUGAUAUCUGUACACAUGGC